GCCCCCUUGUGCACCCGCGGCCCCCCACUGUCUUGUGUCUCUCCCUUGGGGACAAGGAUCCCGCGCCCAGCGGCAGGGCACUGGGGCUGAUCGCAGCUUGUGCUGGAGAUCCUGCCCUCAGCCCAGGCGGGGCCAGGCCUGGAUUUGAUUCCAGCCCGUCCGUGGAUCUUAGUUUGCCAUCUGUUAAAUGAGAAAAUUGGGAGUUCCCUCUAAUCUCUCACCUUUGAGCGUCUCCCCAGCUUUCCGGUGCCAGAGCCCCCUUACCCACUUAAACACCCAUGAGGACCCCACACCCUGAGCUUCGGCUUCUCCGGGUUCUGUCAGUAUUUCUGAGGGCUUCGUGUGGUUUUGAAGAUCAUUGGGACCCUUGAAGGGGGGUCCCUUUGAGAGCCGCUGGCUUCAUGACCAAAGCCUUGGACUCAGUGGCAUGGAUCAGCUUUGUCGGCGUGGCCCAGUGUGUCCUCCGGGCCUUGGGAGGCCCAUCUGCCAGCCCUCUGCCAAGGGACGGAGAUGUGAGCGAGAAGGUCACUCCUCUCUUUUUAGGUGACUGACCCCCAGCCUCACUCUGGCCUGGAAACGUCCCCCCUCCUCUCUUCUGGACCCCCUAGAGCUGUGUCUCCAUGGAGGUGACCAUGCUCUGGUGGGGACACGACAUUGAGUCUGGUUCCCCUUUGAGUGGGAGAAGGGCUGGGGCCUCAGGACGGGGCCACCCGAGGAGCAGAGGUUCCGAGGUUCGGUCAGCCCCCGGCCUGGACGCCAGAGAGGACAGCAUUUGCCUGCGCCUCCCCGAAGGGACCCCGAGCUGACUUGUGGCUGGCUGGCCCGAAGGUGGCUUCCAUCGCAGGGGAGACUCGGCCAGGAGCCGCGUGCAGCAUGUCUUCCACGUUGUUCCCCACUGGCCUGGUGCCCUUCGAAGAUCUCUUCUCCAAACCCCCGAAUCCCAUGCUCGGCCCCAGCUUGACUCAAGGUCAGCACGUCUUGGACCAGGAGGGCUGCGGGAAGCUGACCUGCCCACAGUCGAGUCCUGGGCUGUCCAUGAACGCUCCACCCACUGGGCCCUCACCUAGCCCCACCAGCUUUGGGGAUCUGGCCCAUGAGCCUUCAAGCCCCUGCCGGGCCUCAGACCCUCCUUCCUUGGAGCCCAGCCCUGGCUGCAGCAGCUUGGAGGAUGUAUUCUGCAAACUUCCCAGCCCUGAUGACCCUGGGGCCACACAGACACUGCCUUCUGGGGGUUCCCCCUGCUGGGAUUUUGGGGACCUGUUUUGCAAACCCCCAAACCCCAUGCUUUCCUCCAACAUGGCACUCUCAGGCUUAGGAAGUAUGGCCUGUGAACCUCUCCUCCUGGUGCCAACUCCAGCCUUGCCAUCCUCCAGGCCUGCUCCUGGCCCAAGGCCCAGGACAGUGAGCCCAGACGAUGCAACCUGCAGUCCCAGACCAGGGGAAGCCGGGUCCAGGAAACAUAGCGGCCAAGGCAGCGGCCCAUGGCUGGACAGCAAGAAGAGAACCAGGGAGUCCAGGGCUUCUGCCAAGGGGAAGCAGCCCCAGGAGGAGGACUUUGCUCAGCUCCUAGAACAGUAUAGACGUGACAGGGAGGCCCUGGAGGCAGCCCCAGGGUCCCCGCCUGAGGAGGGCAGGACUGAGAAAGAAGCCAAGCGGAGUGCUGGGGGCGGGAAUGCCAGCCGUGCCAAGAAGAGGAAGCGGGUGGGGACGGCAAAGGCCCAGGGCCCCACACGCCCUCCGGGCCCUCCUGCUGCCCCAGAGCAUGCCCCCGUGAGCCAGGAGUUCAUCCUGAAGAACACGGUGGCCCUGGGCUCCCACAGGGUGUGUAAGUACUUCCUGGCUGGACAGUGCGUCCGUGGAGAACAAUGCCGGCUGGACCACGGGGCUGACGGCCUCAAGUUCCAGAAGCUCUGCAAGUACUAUGUGCAGGGCUACUGUACGCGGGGUGACCACUGCCGCUACUUGCACGACGAGUUCCCAUGUAAGUUCUUCCACACGGGUGUCAAGUGCUACCAGGGCGACCACUGCAGCUUCUCCCAUGCGCCUCUGACGCCUGAGACGGAGGCCCUGCUGAGGUCCUCCCUGGCGGGCCCGGGUCCCACAGGGGCAACUCCUGCGGCUCCCUCCUGACAGCCAAGGGCAGACUGAGGGCCUCUCUGAUGAGGCCUCGACCCGACCCUGAGCCUCGACUCUGAGUCCCUGCCUCGACCCAAUCCUGAGCCUCAACCCCGACCCCGACCCCAAGCCUCGUUUCUUACUCUGAAUCUCUACCUCAACCUCGACCCUGAGUUUCAACCCAGAUUCCAAGCCUUGAACCCUGACUUCUGUGUUUGAUAGAGAUGGUAAUUAUUUUCCUCUGGUUAGCACCAUGAUUGCAAUGAGUCAUACUAAAAAUGCCAUGGAGUUAGGAGUAGUUGUUUAUUCCCAACCCCCUGAGGGUUGUGGGACUUAGCAAAAGACAACUUUGAACCCAGUAAGGACUCUCUGGUGCACUUGUAGGACUGAUCUCUGAAGGUGCCUCCAGCCAAGCUGUCUCUCACCCCCUCCACUGGCUACCUGGGAUCUUCCCUCUUAGGGGCCCACACUUGGGACUUCUGUCUUGGGCAGACGAAUACUGCUCUUCUGGGAUACUAAGAAGGGAAGAGGCCUCCAGGGCUGAGGACAUCAAUGUUACUGUGCGGUGGGCCCUCACUUUUAUUGUUUUUAAAACAUUCCCACGUUAGUCAUGUUGUAUAAGAAGAAUCAAAACAAAAGGGAAAAACC